CCAGGCUCCAUCAACCCCGUUGAAGUAAAGCCUAAGCCCCUAAGCCAAUGGCCGAAGCCCUAAGCCCGAACCCUAGGCCGAGGAUCCCUAUUGCCUGUCGCAUCCAAUCCCCCACCAGCCCCUUCUUCUUGGGCUCUAACGACGACAAACUCGAGCGUGCCCAGGCUCGAGCCGCACGAGCAGCCGCCAUCCGCCGCAAGUCCGUCGCUUACCAUGCCCAGCCUCCUACAGAUCCCGAUCCUUGCCUCGCUAAAGACCAGAUUCUCGAGUUGUUCCAAAAUUGCAUCAAAUUGGCCAGUGAAAAUAAAAUUAAUCAAAAGAACACUUGGGAGCUGAAUUUAAUAGACCAUCUUCCUGAUAUUAUCAAGGUUGACGAAGAAAAUGAUGCGGAGACGAACUUCCAAAAAGCCAGUUGUACUUUGGAAGCUGGUGUUAAGAUUUACUCAAUGAGAGUGGAUUCGGUUCAUUCAGUGGCAUACAAGGUUCUUGGUGGGAUAAACAGAGCAGGUCAAGAAAAUGAGCAAGAUUCUGUGGUGGAGGAUGCCAAUGUUGAUACCGCACAGGAAGGCAAUCGAAAGAAAGAGACAGAGAAAAAGAUGUCAGCUUUAUCAACAUUGGAAUCUUCUUUUGAGGCUCUUAAUGUAAAGAAAUUUGAUGUUGCAUUUGCAGUUGAUCCUCUCUAUCAUCAAACAUCUGCACAAUUUGAUGAAGGUGGAGCCAAGGGUCUGCUGUUGAAUAAUCUUGGUGUUUAUGCUGGAUGUCGGGUUCUCUUUGAUUCAUUCGAAGUGCCAGGGAAGGAAACGCCUUGUUCAAAUCAACAAGAUAUAUCUGAAACAAUCGAUCUAUCUUUUGCUGGAGAAUACCUUGAGCGUAUGGUAUUGAACAUGCGAGCAAAGGAUGAGAUUUCACCGACUCUCAAGAAUAUAGUCUAUCAAUUUGAUGAAGAUAACAGAAGGCCACAGGAGAACUUUUCCUGCAGCCAGAGAUCAACAGACCAAGUUGAUACUAUAUAUAAUAAAAGUGAGUUUGAUGGUGUUGCAUUUGAGAGUUUUGAAGCUGAUGGUUUUGAUCAUGAUGACCAACCAAGCAUUGUUGAUGAGGACUUUAAUGAGGCAGAGCCAACUUUUACAAGUUAUGAUGAGGAUACCGAGCAAUUUUCUUUCAACAAUCCUGAUGCAGGUGACAAAUAUGAAAAGGUUGAUGAAUAUUUGCUCAUGAGCUUGGGAUUUCCUUUGAAACAAAAUGCAUGGGCUGGUCCUGAUCAUUGGAAAUAUCGAAAAGCUAAAGGUUCUGAGGAUGUCUCUAAUGAAGAAAUUACAGAAGUGUUAACAACAAAGAAAGGCAAAAAUAAGAAACAAGCUGAGCCUGAUAUUGAUUUCACAAAAGCCUUGGAUAACGAAAUGCCAGACAUCUUUGCGCCUCCCAAAAAUCCCAAGUCUUUACUUCUACCUUCAAACAGAGCAUCUUGUAAUACAAAGCUUCCUGAAGAUUGUCACUAUCAACCUGAGGAUCUUGUCAAAUUGUUUCUUUUACCCAAUGUGAUGUGCCUUGGUAGAAGAAGGAGAAGAAAGUUGUCAGACAAGUCAAGUGAGCAGUGUGAUAACUAUGAUCCACAGCCAUCCUGGGAAGAGCAAAGUGUAUUUAGUGGUUUUGACAAUGAAAUUGAUCAUAGUGAUGUUGAUGACUCUGGUAUGCUUGUUUCUCAGCCUCAUCAGGUUAGUAAAAUUGAAGUACAUUAUGAUAAGACGUCUAAACAAGUUGAUGUCCAAAAUUUGAAAGAAACUCUUUGGGGCCAUUUACAACAAUCUCCAGGAACAUCAUUACAGGGCCCUGAAGAAAUGGUAUCUUUUAAGCAUCUCUUGGCUAGCUUUCCUGUUGAUUGCAAAGCUGCUGCAACAAUUGAUGAUAUCUCUCCUCAUCUGUGUUUCAUAUGCCUGCUACAUUUGGCCAAUGAGCAUGGACUGAGCAUCCUAGGUUGUCCCAACAUGGAUGAUCUUGGUAUAAAACUUCCGCCACAGCGACAAGCGCCCAGGUGAAGUGAUUUAGAUCAUCUCUCAACUCAUACUGCUUGUAAAAAUGUUUGUUAACCUGGUAGCUCGGCAACAAUUGAUGAGCUACUGGUAAUGUUGUAAGCCUGAUCUUGUUCAUACUUCUAACUAGGUUACUUAAAGACCGCAGCUCAAAACUUAAGAAAUUGAUGCUCUGUAUCUCACAAAGCCCACAUUCAUUCUAAACUAAGUCGAUUUUUAUUGACAGCAUAUUGUUUCUGACCAGCUGCUGCACAUUUUACAGUACAGAAUUGGAUUAUUUUUGCUCCUUAUCUAUAAGAAAAUAUGCCCCCCAGAUAUGUGCCACAACUUGGGAUUGUCAUCACUGCUGAUUCUGAGAUUUAUAAUUGAUA